CGAGCAGAGCCGAGGCUGCGGCUGCUCUUCUCUAUCCCCACUCUCUCUGUCUCUCUCUCUCCCCCCCCCCACUCACACCCGCACUCUCCGGCUCUGUGCAAGGGAGAGAGCGGGGGCAAAGCAAACAACAGCAUGGUCAAAAGCAUGUCCGGCGCCAACAAGCUGAGCAGUGCUGCGGUGCAAGGCAACUGGCGAGAGGUAAAACGUCUUCUGAACGAAGAGAAGGUGAAUGUCAAUGCGGUUAAUAAAUACGGACAUACCGCACUGCAGGUGAUGAUGAUGGGCUGCAGCCUCGUGGCUGAGGAGCUGCUGAAGAAUGGGGCGGACCCCAACAUCCAGGAUAAGAAUGGCUUCACCCCAGCGCAUGAUGUGGCCCGUACGGGCUUCCUGGACACCAUGAUGGUCCUGGUUGAGUACAACUCGGACAUGAACAUGGAGGAUGCCUCGGGCUGUCUGCCGAUCCACCUCGCCGCCCAAGAGGGCCAUCUUUGCCUCGUUCAGUUCCUGGCUACGAAGUCGCGCUUCUGGCACAAGAACUCCAGUGGGCACACCCCGCUGGACAUGGCGAGCGCUUGCGGUAGAACUGAGGUGGCGGAGUGGUUGGAGGAGCACUUGCAAGCAACGGGAACCCAGUCCCUGCACUGAUACACAGGUGGCUGCAACACUGACUAACGUCUGCUCACUUUAAAGGGCCAGUCCCACCUUCACCACCUAAUUCACAACCUUUUUUACUCGUGGACAUUUUUCAUCAGGCUAGAAAAAAACGCCCCGACCUACUUGAUGCCACGAGUACCC